AUGACACUUCCACGCUUCGACCAAAUCCGACCAAAAAUCGAGGCGCACAUCCGGGAGGUGAAGGAUUUCCCCAAGAAGGGCAUCAAUUUCCGUGACAUAAUGCCUCUGUUCACGAAUCCUCAACUGGUCAACGAACUGUGCGUCGUCAUCGCAGACCAUGUUCGUCAUACCGUUGGCCACGUGGAUUCGGUUGCUGGUCUCGAAGCGCGCGGAUUCCUUUUCGGUCCACAAGUGGCCAUUCAACUUGGAGUUCCAUUCGUCCCUAUACGGAAGAAGGGAAAGCUUCCAGGUGCGACGAUUGAGGCAUCGUAUCAAAAAGAGUAUGGAGAGGAUAUUGUGGCGAUUCAAGAAGGAGCCGUUAAAUCAGGGGAUAUCGUUUUUCUGAUUGACGAUUUGUUGGCAACCGGGGGAACUCUUCGUGCUGCUGCUAACUUGAUUCAAAAAGUCGGUGGAAAAGUGGGCGAGGCAUUUGUCCUUAUCGAAUUGGCACCAUUGAACGGGCGUGCUAAACUACCUGAUGUUAAACUGACGACUCUUAUCUCUUAUGAUAGUGCAUAA